CCGCCGUUCCAACCCGGAAGUGUGACAUCAGCGCACAUGAUCGGAACUUGGUCACAUGAUCGGUGUUUUCAAAGAAAACCUUGUCCAUUCACCCGGAGGUUCCCGAGAUCCUGCGCUUCAUAUAACUACUCCUUGAGGGUGUCACUGACCUGCUGUUUGUGAGCAGUCAUGAGACUUGUGAUUCUGGAUGACUAUGAUCUGGCCAGCGAGUGGGCAGCCAAGUACAUCCGCAACCGGAUCAUCCAGUUCAAGCCCAGUGCUGACCGGUACUUCACUGUAGGACUUCCAACAGGCAGCACACCCCUCGGCUGCUACAAGAAGCUGAUCGAGUAUCACAAGAGCGGUGACCUGUCCUUCAAAUAUGUGAAGACCUUUAACAUGGAUGAGUAUGUGGGUCUGCCCAGAGAUCACCCAGAGAGCUAUCACUCCUAUAUGUGGAACAACUUCUUCAAACACAUUGACAUUGAACCUCAGAAUACACACAUACUGGACGGCAAUGCCAGCGACCUGCAAGCCGAGUGUAAUGCCUUUGAGCAGAAGAUCACUGCGGCUGGAGGGAUUGAGCUGUUUGUCGGAGGCAUUGGUCCAGAUGGACACAUCGCUUUUAAUGAGCCGGGCUCUAGCCUCGUGUCUAGAACCAGAGUGAAGACCCUGGCCAAAGACACCAUUGUGGCCAAUGCCCGUUUCUUUGGGAAUGACCUUUCAAAAGUGCCCACCAUGACUCUAACGGUUGGCGUGGGAACAGUGAUGGAUGCAAGAGAGGUUAUGAUUCUGAUCACGGGCGCUCAUAAGGCGUUUGCUCUGUAUAAAGCCAUCGAGGAGGGCGUGAACCACAUGUGGACAGUAUCUGCUUUCCAGCAGCAUUCACGAACCAUUUUCAUUUGUGAUGAAGAUGCGACGCUGGAGCUCAGAGUCAAAACGGUCAAGUAUUUUAAAGGCCUGAUGCAUGUCCACAAUCAGCUGGUUGAGCCGACGCUCAGCAUGAAGGACUACAUGGACUAAACACGGUACUCAGAAAUUCAAAAGAAAUGUCAGAAAUGUGCAUCUGUUUGAAUCAGUGGAAACUGGCCUCGGGGACCACAAUGGUUUUGAUGGUUAUUUAGGUCUACGCCAGCAUAACUGGAUCUGUGUAGUUGUUGCACAUGUAUAAAACCACCAAUAUCUGCUUUAUUCAUGAUUGAAAUGUUCCAAGGUGCCAAAUUCAUGCACUCCAUUUGAAAGAAAUGCAUACUUGUCUUUGUACUGUAUUUGAAAGUACUAUAAAGCCAGUAUUAGCAAGAAAAUGCUAAAUGGUUUUUGGAUUAGGCCAAAUUUAAACAAAAAUUCUCAAUUCUGUUUUCCCAUUUAGAUAGCACUAUUUCACUCCAUGACUAAUCAAAAAGAUCAUCUGUAAAAAUCCUUUCCUUUUGAUUCUGAAUUCUAGUUUAACCAGGAAACAUUACUCAAGUCAUUUCAAGUCAAACAUUGUUUCAAAUGAUGGUCAUUAGUUCAUUUUAUAAGCACGCUACUUGAUUUAAAUGUGGAAUUUUACUCCAAGGUGACUUCUUGGAAGACUUCAUUGGGAAUAUAUUGUGUUUAUGCGUUGUUAACACUCUUAAACAUUUUGAUGGAUGAUGCUGAGAUCCAUUUUUAUAACUGACCAUUUUGUAUCUCACUACAAUAUGGCUUAAAAAAGGAAAAACCUGUUACUUGUGUGGUUUGUCUAUGUUUACAGUGGAUUUUGGCCUUGAUAUUUAUGCAGUAGAAUGUUUAUUUCUGUUGAAUAUUCCCUCUUUUGUGUUGUUUCUAUUAAACGAGUUAAUUGAUUAAACGUGAUAUCUGUUUUCAUUGUAUGUCCACGGCCAUUAAAUUGGAUAAAUGACUGUCCUGUACUUCAGUUCUAACAUUGAAGUUUUCACAAAAACAGGUUUUUAAAGCAUUUAAACUGUGUACAAUGUUCAAAUUUAAGACCUGGCCCUUUAAAUACUUGUUUUCAAAAUGCAGGAAAAUAGAUGGGUGGAUUAGUUUUAUAAGCUAAUGAUCAACAAGCUUUACAUUUAAUUCAACAUGUUUAAAAGGCCCUUGUGUGCUCUACUAACAGUUGAGAAGAGAAGUGUGUGAAUGUUUAUAAGAUGUACACGGUGCAGUACACAUGCUGGAUACUCUUUAUCAUACAGGCUGUUUAAUUUCUAAACAUAAACAACAGAUUUGUGCUGUACUGAUUCAGUAUUUUUUACUGUACUGAAUGUCCAUGGUUAGAUAGUUGUUACACAUUUUAUGUGUAUUUUCAUAAAACUCUUAAACUUUGUGACCUGACUGUUAAAAGAUUUGUACUCCAAAAGCCGAAUCAUCUGUCUUUUUUUUUUUUAGGAAGUACAGAA